AUGCGUCUGUCCACCUCGCUCUUCUGGGCGGCAACACUUGCCGUCCGGGGCGUCGCUGCCUACUGGUUGGAGGAUAUUGCUCACCAGGGCAAGGCGCCAUAUCAUUCUGAUCCUGAGUAUAAGGUCUUCCGCAACGUCAAGGAUUUCGGUGCCGUGGGAGAUGGCGUGACCGAUGAUACCGAAGCCAUCAACCUGGCUAUUAGCUCCGGUGGCAGGUGUGCGCCGCAGGAGUGUAAGCAGUCGACGACCUCCCCUGCCGUGGUCUACUUCCCUCCAGGAACUUACCUUGUCUCCAACUCUAUCAUCGACUACUACUACACCCAAAUCAUCGGCGACCCGACCGACCGCCCCGUGAUCAAGGCCUCCGCCAACUUCCCAACUACCACCACUCUCGGCGUCAUCGAUGGCAACCGCUACGGCGCCGAUGGCCUCGCCUGGAUCGCCGUCAAUGUCUUCUUCCGCCAGCUGCACAACAUCAUCAUCGACACCACCGCCAUCCCCGCCUCCGCCGACGCUGUCGGUCUUCACUGGCCCUCGUCCCAGGCCACAUCUCUCACCAACGUCGAGUUCCGCCUCUCCUCCGCCCCUGGCACGAAGCAUGUCGGUAUGUUGAUCGAGGAGGGUUCCGGCGGCCUGUUGAACGAUCUCGUUUUCCGUGGUGGUUCCAUUGGUGCUCGGUUGGGCAACCAGCAGUACACUGCUAGGAACCUUCAGUUCUACGGCUGCCAGACUGCUAUCAGCCAGCUUUGGGAUUGGGGUUGGACUUACAAGUCGCUUGUUGUUGAGGACUGCGAAGUCGGUAUUGAUGUUGUCGAUACCAACACUGCUUCUCUUACCAUUCUUGAUAGCGAGUUCACGAGGGUUGGUGAGGCCAUCAGGACCAAGCGAGAUGGUGAUAACACUACUCCCAAGGCCGCGGGUUCGCUCGUCUUAGAGAAUGUCUCGUUUGAUACCGUGACUACUAUUCUUACUGGCCCCAAGGGUGUCGUUAUUCCUGGUGACUCGGCUGGCCAAACUUGGAUCGAGGGUUAUGCCGAUGGUCAUCUCUAUGACUACAAGGGACCCAAGGUCUACACUGGCAGUGACAGCAAGUACUUCCCUCGCCCGGCUGCUCUCCUCGACGGCGACAAGUACUACGAAAAGUCCAAGCCCACCUAUGCCGACGUCCCCGCCUCUAAGUUUGUCUCCGUCCGCACCUUCGGCGCCAGUGGAGACGGCCUCCAAGAUGCCACCGCCGCUCUCAACGACCUUUUCGCCCACGUCGCCGGCACUGACCUCGUCGCCUUCAUCGAUGCAGGCACCUACGUCGUCACUGACACAGUCACCAUCCCCGCUGGCGCCCGGAUCGUCGGCGAAGCCCUCGCAUCCGUCAUCGUCGGCGCUGGCCCCAAGUUCUCCGACAUCAACAAGCCCCGCGCCGUCAUCCGUGUCGGCAACGCUGGCGACAAAGGCCGCGUCGAGUGGUCCGACACCAUCGUUUCGACCCGCGGUGCCACGGCAGGCGCCAAGCUCAUCGAGUGGAACCUGUACUCUCCCGGCGAGCCCUCGGGCAUGUGGGAUGUUCACGUCCGCAUUGGCGGUUUCGCGGGGACGGACCUCCAGCUCUCCCAGUGCCCCACCACUCCCACGGAGAGCAACGUCGUCAACGAGGAGUGCAUCGCCGCGUACAUUUCGCUUCACGUCACCAAGUCCGCCGGAGGCCUCUACAACGAGAACUGCUGGGUCUGGGUGGCCGACCACGACCUCGAGGACCCCAACUACACGCAGAUCACCAUCUUCGCCGGGCGCGGAAUCCUCGUCGAGGCCGAGAAGGGCCGCAUUUUCAUCAGCGGUUCGGGAUCCGAGCACCACGUUCUCUACCAGUACCAGUUCGUCAACACGCGGGACAUCUACCUGGCCCAGAUCCAAUCCGAGACCCCUUACUAUCAGCCCAAUCCUCCUGCCAGCGUGCCCUUCCCUCCUGUUUCUUCCCUCCAGGAUCCCGAUUUUGCCAAGAGCUGCGCGGGUGUGCCUGCUGGUGUCCCUUGCGAGAUGGCUUGGGGUCUUAGGGUUAUCGGUUCGAAGGAUCUGGUCAUCUUCGGUGCCGGGUUGUAUUCGUUCUUUAAUAACUACAGCACCGAUUGCUGCCAGCCUACCUCGGGUACCGAGUGUCAGCAGAGGAUCUUUGAGGUUGUAGGGUCGAAGUCUAUCAGGAAGCGAGGCAGCUGCGGCCAUGGCCACGGCGGCCACGGACACAACGGAACCCACCCUUCUCCAGGCCACAACGGAACUCAUCCUUCCCCCGGCGGCACCACCCGUCUCAACACUUACAACCUCAACACCAUUGGUACCGUGCGGAUGAUUACGAGGUAUGGCGAGGACAUUGCUUUCGCGAGCAAUAACACUGCCGGCUUCGUCGACACGAUAGCGGUGUACCAUGAUGCUUGA